CGGCCCGGAAGCGCCAUGACGGGCGGCGGCCGCCAUGGCGGGCGGCGGGGCGCGCACGUGACGCCAGCCCGCACGCGGCACGGCGGGGCCCCGCCCUCCCCCUGGCUGGCGCGCGCGCAGGGCGGGCGGCGGCGGCCGGAGGCGGGGGGAGGGGGCAGAGGGGAAGGAGCCCGCCCGCUCGCGCCACGUCACGACCGCGUGACGAGCGGCGCGGUCCCGCCAAUGGGCUUUGCGCUCGGCGCGGUGACGCGCGACCCCGACAGCCAAUGGCGUGGCGCAGGGGGCGGGCCGGCGGCGGCGGCGGAGGAGGAGCGCGUCGCGGGCGGCGGCGGCGGCCAGCGCCAGGCGACGCCAUCGCGGCCCCGACGGGCGCGGAAGACGCCAUUUUGUGAGAGUGCCUCGAGCGGGCGCCAUGUUUGUAAGGAAGAAAUAGGGCAGCCAUCUCCGGCCACCAGCACUUCCCUUCCCCCGUGUGUGUGUCCUCUCGUUCUCCUGUGCCCCGGGCCUGCUCCUCGAGCCGCCGCCGCCGCCGCCUCCUCUCCUCCCGCCCGCGCGGGGCGGCCGGGCGCAGCUGUGCAGCCCGCCCUGCACUGAGUGCCCGUUAGUGUCCCACUA